AAACAUCUUCUCUAUAGUGGAUUGCGGCAUAAAUGCGAUAUUUAAUUCUAAGUUAUCGUAACAAAUAAGUUUCCGUAGUUUGACAAGAACAACAGAUUAGCGUUUUCAUGGAUGUAUUUGACAAAGAUUUUCUGUAUUUUGAUUGUGAAGGAGAAUCAGGUUUCAUUGUCUAGAAUCAUUAUCUCUAAAGAAUAAAUAGAAUUAAGUCCUAAUUUGAUAAUCGAGACUUACAAGUUGAGUGGAGUAUGAGAUUCGAUUGUUUUUGUUCCUUCCAAAAUUUCAAGACUUUUAUAUCAUGAAGCAGAAAUGCAGUUUAUUAACCAGAAGCAACGAGAAAGAAAGAAAGAAAGAAAGAAAGAAAGAAAAAAAACGAAAAAAUGGCUCAAAUGGCUACUUUGACGGAAAAGCAAGCUAAUGAAUACUUGAACGCAAGGCCAACAUAUCCGACAAUAUGGUACAAAGUGUUGGCUGGUCGAACCAGCAACCAUAAGGUGGCUUGGGAUGUUGGGACCGGCAACGGUCAGGCUGCUCUUGGUGUCGCUGAUUACUACCAAAGAGUGGUGGCAACUGAUAUUGACGAGAAACCAAUGAGUAUUGCAAAGCCGCACCCAAAUGUCACAUACCUUCACACUCCAGCAUCAAUGUCGGACGAUGAGCUAGUGUCUAAACUCGGUGGAGAAAACUCCAUAGAUCUCAUUGUAGCCGCUCAGUCUCUCCACUAUUUCGACCUCAAAAGAUUCUAUGCCAUAGUGAGACGCGUUCUUCGUAAAGAAGGGGGUAUAAUCGCGGUUUGGGUCUACAACGACCUCGUGGUCACCCCAAAAGUUGAUGCCAUCAUGAAACGUUUGGUGGAUUCAACUAAACCGUACAGAAACCUGAAGAUGAAUUUGGCGUUUGAUGGUUAUAAAGAAAUAGAGUUUCCUUUAAAAAAUAUAAGAUUGGGGACUCAAGGAAGGCCUAAAGCUCUCGAGAUUCCACAUAAGCUUUCGCUUGAUGGGUAUUUAGGGUUUUUUAAAUCUUGGCAGCCUCUAGUGAAAGCUAAGGAGCAAGGAGCAGAGCUUUUAAAACCUUCGAUGAUUAAUGAGUUCAAGGAAGCUUGGGGUGAUCAGAAUCAAGUCAAGGAUGUUGCUUACAGAGCAUUUAUGCUCGCUGGAAAACUCUAGUUUCACAAGAUACACAAACAAGCUUAACUACAAUUGUAAGCGGGAUCACGGCGACGUGAAACAACUUUGCAUGUACAUACGAAGAUUAUACAUGAUGAUCGCCUGUUCUCGGUACCUUUAUCUCACGUCAUGUUUUGAGUCUCACAUACAUUAUAUCAUCUCGCAACGUCUCAACAACCCUUAUCGUAAAUAUGGCUCCAAAAUCAGUGGCGUGAAGAUCAAGCGCUCUCCGCCCGGUCAGGGGAGACAGGUGAUAAAUAACAUUCGCAAUAUUCUCCUUUGCUUUUGGGAUCAAUACUCUCUCCAAGUCCUUGCGUCUAAUACUUCUAUAUUAAACUCAAUAAUCUAUGUGCAAGUUGUGCAUAUAAUCAUAUUAAUUCGUUUAAUAUUGAAAGAUAGGUCAGAUGUAUCAUGACGUCACUGGGUAGUGCGUAUAAUCGCAACGCAUACAUGGCUGCGCAUUAUCUGACAUAGAUGCAAAAAAAAAUUACAAAGUAGAGUAGAGAUGUGGAAGAAGUUCAUGGAAAUUUAGGAUUGUUACAAAAAGACUUUCCUGUUAGGUAAUUAUUAGGUCACCUUCUUUUAAUGAUAGCGUUCCGGAUAUAUAUGCAUCAUGCAACAUCAGUCGGAAGUUUCUUCUAAAAAUUACUAAUAAAUCCAUUCACCUAACUUUAUUUCUAUUAAAAAUUGAGAAGAUCAUGAAAUGACAACUGAGUAGGCUCUAACCGGUGAAAUUCAUUUGGAGGAAUAUACCAGAUUAUAAGCUUAAAUAUGAAAAUGAUGCUGACAUAUCACUUCAUCAUGAAUAUAAUCUUAAUUAGCAUUUUCAGGCACUCAUUUUUUUCCUUUUGAAAAAUGGUCUGCCAGUGAAUCACUAUAACUGAAUAAUCUAUAGUGGCAAACUUUUUUUUUUUUUUUUGUCACAACUUGUAUUAUAAAAGCUCAAAGAGCAACAAAGUUUACAAUCAAACUAGAAGAUCCCGGAGCCAUGCUCGACGAUGGGAUAAUACUAAACAACAUUACAAAACAUUGAAAGAUAGAGCUUUUAAGGGGCGAGUCAAGCUCAGC